UCCGAGCUCCGUUCCCUGUGACAAUCGUACAUGAGAAUUAUAUUACGAAAAAUUAAAAAAAAAAGUCCAAAUAAAGGGCGCAAUCUAACAUCAAUAGAAAGAAUUAAGACCCAAAGGAAUUCAGUGCAUAGGAUCGACAGGCAUAGCACAAGAAAAAAGGGCGGUGGCUCUUGGCUUCCAAGUAAGUCGUCCUGAUGCAGGAUUUCGGGCGCCAGGCGCCCCAGAAUCCUACGUCCCUGCAGGCUAACAUCCCUACCGCGGAGGAGCGAAUAACCGGCCGCUUAGUUUCGUCCAAGGGACCGAAGGGAACGGGAUCCCAUCAGUCCCAGAGCAAUAGGACCCGUAAACAAGAAAUCGACCAAGCGUUCUGUGUACGGAUAUCGUAGAAUCUCAAGUGUCCAAAGAGCAGAGAGAAAAUUACAUAAUUCGCGAGUACUCUGACCGUUCUUUUUUUUUUUAGAGAAGUUAGCCCAUGCCGGGAGGGCCCGCUGCCAACGUAGCAUAAGGAUCCUGAUAGGAAAGGAGAUGUUGCCCUCUAUCAAAAGUUUAACCUCAAAACAUAUCAAUUGGAGUCGAGUGUCAAGUGUUAAUAUGAAAUCGUACUGCAAAUGGGAUUGAUCUGUGUUCUCGGUGCUAGGAUAGAAAACCAAUUAGUUGCAGAGUCUCGCGCGAAAUAAACGUCGAGAUACGGUGACUUUCCUCGCCCACUGUUGGCAGCACGUAUUGCGGGAAAUACAAGAGGCCGUUUUGGCGCGCAUUCACUUACCAAUCAGCCGGCAGAUGGCCAAUGCCGGCACACGUACGCGUCCACGAACGUCUGACUACAAAGAUAGGCGGCACCAAGACUACCGUGAACGUACUUCUAUCUGUCCCGUAGCUUAGCCAGUUGCCAGCGCGCCAGCCCAUCACCCAGCUCACGAGCCGGCCUCGUGUUAGCGCCCAGGAGAGGAUUAUUUUCUCAUCGCCAGGUUGUAGCGACAAUGUCGAGACUGGGCUCAUCUUGAAGCCCACGGUGUGGCGAGUGUCACGGGCUUUUUCGUAUAAGGAUUCCUGGACUGGUUCGUACACACCAGAAGGAUUUCUCGGACCGUGUGCUCGCCAGAAAAUGGACACCGCUCGGCCGCGCUAGAGGCACCGAGAGAGCGCCCAGACUGAAAGGAACACAGAAAGAGCCAGAGAGAACACGGAAAAUACGUGUACUGGGACAGAUAUUGAAAGAGAGAACAGAAAGAAACUUUAAGAAAUUUUGUACAAGGGUCACAGAGAGAGAGAGAGAGAGAGUACCGAUAAUACAGAGAGCCUGAGGCAGAGAGAGAGACACGUUUAACGUACGAGAGCGAGAGAGUGAGACAGGAAGCGGAGAGAGCUAGAACUGAAUUCAACGACGACGACAACGACGAUAAUACACAAGAUCGUCGCCAAACUGCGUUGUCAAGCACGACCCCAGGAUACUCCACAAGGGAAGCCUGUCCUGUCCUGCUCCGAGAGAGGAUACCUCCUCGGAUAAGCACGAGAAUGCCUCGCGUUUGGAGCCUCUAACCAGGAGGAACGAUCCCCGGAAGAGGGCCGUCUCGAAAUACAGCACCACCACCCGAGCCAAAUUCGUUAAAGUCGUCAGGAUGCCUCGUGUCAGGAGACAGGUCAUCCUGGAGGAUCCUGCUGGACCCGUCACGCCAGACAUGGCUCAAACAAAAUUGGUCAAAACAGAGUUCAUAGACGAAGGAUCCAUGGACGAAGUCCAAGCACAAAGGAUAGCCGAGGAAACGCCAAGUCCUCAUCUACAGGAUCAUCAGUAUGGACAGACACCUUGUUACCAAGUAACCAGGAGACCAGCACAGCCUCCGCCUCGAGCUGAGAUUUCGGUCCAGGCAGUCAAGAGAAGACUGAACUUGGAAGUGGGUACGACAGGACCAAGUCAAUCAGCCUUUAAGGCCCCACGCGGUAAACGCAGAAGAUCUGGUUCCAACUCAUUGACGAGUCACACGCCCACAAAGAAUACUUCUCGCUUAGGUAAGCCCGUAGAGAGGACACGGUACGACACGUCGUUGAGUUUGCUCACGAAGAAAUUUAUCAACCUGGUGGAAAGCAGUCACGACGGCGUGGUCGAUCUGAACGUGGCUUCAGAGAAAUUGGAAGUGCAGAAACGUCGCAUCUACGACAUCACAAACGUACUGGAGGGGAUUGGCAUUUUGGAGAAAAAGAGUAAAAAUAAUAUUCAGUGGAAGGGUGGACAGCUGCCGGGUGAACAAAACGACAUUGCUGACCUUAGGAGAGAGGUCGCCGAUCUUGAGGCUAAGGAGAACACUCUGGACAGAUUGAUUCACGGUGCUGAGAAAAAUCUACGUGAACUCUGCGCAGACAGGCAAUACGCUUACGUGACGUAUCACGAUUUACGCUCAGUCUCGGCCUACAGAGAUCAGGCAAUUAUGGCAGUGAAGGCACCACCGGAAGCGACCCUCCACGUUCCUCAGCCAGUGAACGCCUUCGGUCAGCCAAAGCUCCAGAUACACAUGAGGUCACAACAUGGCGAGAUCGAAGUGUUCCUCUGUCCUGAUGAUCUUGGAGUGAAGUCGACCUCGAGUCCAGGACACAGGACGACGUCCCACACAUCCUCAAAGAUGCCACCGAUGCCUUGUCUCCCUCCGGAACUGCUGGUCGGCGGAGGUGACGUCAAGGUGGAACCUGUACCCUCUGUCGAGGAUCAUCUUAAUCCUGAUCAAAGUGCUCCGAUCACUCUGACGCCUACUACCUCCUCAGCAAGAAUGAGGGAUGCCCUCCUAUGCGAAUCCGAUGAUUUCGGUCCUAUGGGAGGUGGCAGAUUCCAACUUCAGACAGAGGAUCAGAACACCACGCCAGAUAUGAGUAUUCUUGAUUUCGGAGAGCCUCUCCUGUCCCUGGAACCACCACUCUCUGUGAACGACUACGCCUUCUCCCUGGGCACCGAGGAAGGCCUCACGGAUCUCUUCGACUUUUCCUUCUAGGAUCCAACGUGAUCGUCGAAAACGAUACGCCAAUUUUUUUUUUAAAUCUCUGAGUUCAUCUCCGGAGGGUCUCUAUGAACGUGGGGCCACAACUAUAAAAGGAAAUUAAAAUACCACUGAGAAAGGAAAAGACAACACGGAAUUCAUGCUUCGCUCUCAACCAGUCAUCCAGAUUAUCAUUAGCUUCACCGUUCGUCCAUCUCAACCCUGAAGAUUAUAAUUUCAAUAGCGAAUCCGAAAAUGGAACUCUUCACAAGCAUCAAACUUUCCAUUGUGUUUAAGGAACCUAUUCCCACGGGCCACAAGGAUGAACAUAUCACAUCAAUGAUGGAAAACAGACACUUUGCUUUAAUUCAAUAGAGAAAUCCUUUUUGGGUGGAAGAAAUUGCAGCAAGAUAAGAAAGAGGAUGGACGUACAACCAACGAGAGAUUAUUGUGAAUUUCAAUGAAUUAUAAUGAAUUUAAAAGUCCGUCUAGUUCGAUACAGAUAAUUAUUUCUAUAAAAAUAUCGAGGACUUUCGACAAUUUUUAUUCAAUUCUUGAAAUGACGCGUGAGUUCACAAUUUUCACGUACAUUUCUUUAAAAUCUAGGGUAGACAAUGGAAAAAUAAGGGUAACAAUGAAAACUCGCAUGUACAACGUAUCUUGUUUCUGAACUUUUUCUUUUUUGAUACUCGAUUACAUUUUUUUUAACUAAGUACGUAUCUUUUUGGUUGUACAUUUAUUUGAUUCUGACGCUACGUUUUAUCACGAAACUCUUCACUCGUUCUACUGAUCGUGUAUAAGAAUGGAGUAGAGAAAAGAAAAAAGAAUCAAUCACUUCGUCUAUGCAAGCAGCGAAUGAUUUACAAAUUACGGAAAUACUCGUCACCAUCCUAUAUUAUCGUCUAUUUAACAAGAAGCUGCACCAGCUGUUGAUCCGUCAUUAGAGUCAGGAACACGGGGACGAACUCACCAAUUCUCUAUAAGAAAUUAAAUGAAGAGCGAAAAGAAAGAAGAAAAAAAUUCAGCAAAACCUCUAGGCUAUCAUCUCGUGUAAACGCAUAUUUAAUACUAUUAAUAUUAUCGUCUAAGAUAUUUCCAGGAUACAGUACUAUUCUGGACCUGAUUAAGAGUCCCAACGGGAGAAAGUACCUCGUCGUGCGUUCAACUCCUGGACCCGGCCUGAGAUACGAAAUUCCGUGUAUUCACAAAAAAAAGACAAAAAUUCAAUGCAAACAAAUUGAAAAUUUACGGGUGAAAAAAAAAUUAAAAAUCCAAUAGAUCUCAGUCCUGGUCCAGGUGCUGUGUCGCAUUUUGAAUCCGACGAGUCUUUCUCACCCUCGACGACCCUUAAGGAUGCGUACACUAACGUAACAACUUAGGGUACCUCCAAAGCCAUAGUGCCUACACCAUAAACGAUCACAGAAUUCCGACGAAAGAGAAAAGGAGAAGGAGAAAGGAAGAAGACAAAAAAAUAAAUUGUAAAUACUUUACAUACGUGCAUAUAUACAUAUAUGAGGAGCGUAAUGUACACCCAACGGACAAAUGAGAGAAAAAGAAAGAUAAAGAAGAAAGCAAGACAAACACAGCUGACUCCUGAUUACAGUUAUCAAUAGGAUAUUUCUCUAUCGUUUUAGUUAUUUUUAAUGAUUAAUAUUAUUGAAGCAUUAAACGAAAGAUCGUUAGGUUAUAUAGUUACUUAUUAUUAUUAUUAUUAUAUAUAUACAAAUAUAUAUAUAAACAUACAUAUAUAUAUAAUAUUUGUAUCGUCGUCAACAAAGGAAAUUCAUGCAAGCCGCCCUAACGAAACAUACCAAUUAGAUAAUGGCUAUACAAAUAUUAUUAUCACAAGAUAAGAGAAGCAACCCGACUGGCCUAAGAUGUUUUCUUUUUUUUUUUCCUUUGACUCCUUGUUGUCCUGGUGCAUGUUUAUUCUCUUUCUUCGUCUUUGUAACGUUGUUUUCUGUUAACGUCUCAUUGUUUUUCACGUAUUUACAUGGUAUUUACAUAUUUAUAUAUAUAUAUAUAUACGUAGUUAAUUCUCAGGAUGUCGGAUAAUCUGUUCAUCCCCUUUGGUAUUUUCUUGUAGACGACGAUUUCGGUACUGGCGGCUUGCGUGAGUUUCCUCAGGUCGAAUUUGUCCCUAUUGGCGACUGCAAAAAAAGAAAGAAUCGUGCUAGUUUUUUUUUCCCCUUUAACACAAUUAAACGACGGCAGUUUUCUAUCGGCGUUCGUUGUGAGGAAUCGUGACUGCGAACGAAUGAAAUAUUUGUGCGAACGUUGCGUGUCAGACGUGUACAUGGAAUGUAUGGGAGAUUGCGUGCAUGUGCGUGUGGAUAGAACGAGAAAAUUGUGUUCGACUAAGCUGGAAAAGAAUAUGAAACAAGAAUUAUGGAAGGAAGAUAAAAGAAAAGAAAAGAAAAAAAAUUGAAUUAGCAGAUUUUCGUUUUUGGAAAGCACCAGUGACAGGUUUAUGAUAUUUUUUACCUGAGUAGUAUAUAUAUAUAUGUAUAUGUAUACAUACAUGUUACAGUUGAAUCGUGACUCUCUUCUCUCUCUGUCUCUCUCUUUUUCUGUUUUAUAAAAAACAAAAGAUUAAUGCCGGCUCAUUUUUCGACUUUUCAGUUAAAAUAUUUUUCAGACCUUUGCACCGGGUACGAGGUCCUUUCAUAAAUAACACGAGGAUCGGAGGCUGGUAAAAUUUUGAGUAUCGAACUGUGCUUUCACUUUGUGACUUUCAUUUGAUUUCUAAAAGCCUUUUCUUGAGUCUUUCGCGAAAAGAGAGAAGAACGGAAGCAAAAGAGAGAAUUGGAGAAGGAGUUUUGCGAUUUAUAAAAAAAAAACAAAAAGGGCCAAC